CCCGCAGCCGGCUCCGGAUCACUCCACGUUUGAGCCCGCAGCGCUCCGGUGUGGCCUGCGAGGGUAGACAGGCGCGAGGCUUCCCCCUACUUUUGUUUUCUCUCUCGUAGUGAGUUUCCGUACGACCAUAGCGGCCGUUUCCGAUCUACUCGCCACCCGAAUCGGAAGUUUGUGAUCGUGCUUGUGGUGCAACGUACGGACUACUCAGACGUGUUUGAAGUCGACUUGAGUGGGAGCCCCAAAAAUCUGCAACCGCGGUCGUCUGCGUCUUCUGCCUUCUUGGAGGAAUCCGAUUGGAUAACAAAUCAUCCCUUCACCACUCUCCACCGCCAUCAUGAGGGAAUCCAGGCUCCUGCACUCCCCCAGCGCCGAGGAGGCCCGCAACGUCCGCAAGGAGAUCAACAACAACUACGCCGACAAGCAGAGGGAGUACGUCCAGCAGCUCAAGGACUGGAUGCAAACGCAGCCCCACCUGCCCCGCAACUAUGACGAGCGCAUCCUGCCGCGCUUCCUCGCGGGCACCAAGUACGACGUGCACCGCGCCAAGCGCAAGAUCGACGCCUACUUCACGGCCAGGGCCAAGAUGCCCGAGUUCUUCGCGCAGCGCGACCCCUCGUCCAAGGAGACGCAGCAGGCCUGGAGGGCGCUGUCGGUCCUGCCGCUGCCGCGGACGCGUCGCGACGGCGCCCGCGUCACCCUGCACGUCCUCAACGAUGUGGACGCCUCCGAGCACGUGGCGCAGUCCGUGUACAAGAUGAUCUUCAUGGUCUCGGACAUCCGCCUCGUCGAGGAGGCCGAGAUCUCGGGCGACGUGUUCGUCUUCGACGUGGCGCACGUGAGCCUGUCGGUGCUGCUCAAGCACGCCGGCAGCCUGCUCAAGAAGGCCCUCUCGCUGGCGCAGGUGAGCAGACCACUAGGGACCACUGGACUGGAAACCCUUGGAAAGUUUCCGGAAAAUUCUCGGAAAAUUUUCCCAACCCCGGAAUUUUUUUUCGCCCUUCCCAGAAAUUUUCGAAAAAAUUUCGAAUAAUGUCUAACUCUACCGACGACGCGAGCCCAGGCGCCCGCGCGCCCGCCCUGCGUCUUCCGUGACUAGAAUAUUCCGGAGCAGAUCGCCAUUACUCACGGGUCCCAUUCCGCCGAGCUCAUUCCUUUCUCCAAACCGGCUCGACCGGUCGUCCGCUCAACAACGCUGCGGCUCCGCGCAAUUUCCCAUCGUUGCAAAUUUCCCUCCCUCUCCCCUCCCCUCGUCUUCUUCGCCUGCGCUGCACAGAGCCCUUCCUCCCGCCGAUAUACAGCGGCGACCACAAUAAUAAGCUUUACGCGGCAACAACUGCCGGCAUUCGUGUCGAUAAUGGGCAACGUGUCAACGGGGUUCUUAUCACCCGUCUACCCGGCCCACCAGGUGCGAAAAGUGCCGAAUAAUCAGAACACCUCAGCUCCC